GGAAACCGUACAUCUCACCGAGAAACUUUUUAAUCAAAUCCAGAGCUUUCGACACUCAGCAGACACCGAGACACGCCCAUCAGUAAAGACGUACUAACACGACCGAACCCCCUCCCCAAACUGGCGAUACUCGCACCUCACAUCUCACACAUACGAAGUCUCUAAUGGAACUUGAGGGGUUUGCUGGUCCGAAGGUAGUCCAGCCUUUGACGCCCGAGGCGCUGGCAACAUUCAAUGCUGCGCAAGCCCGCACUGGCGUAAUCUACAUUUCACGAAUACCUCCUGGUAUGCGUCCUGCAAAAGUACGACAUUUAAUGAGUGCCCAUGGUGAAGUGGGGAGGGUUUAUCUCCAACAAGAAGACGCCAAACGCGCAUACCUCCGCCGAAAGUAUACGUCCACCAAAAAGCCGCAUUUCACUGAAGGCUGGGUGGAGUUCAAAGAUAAAACGGUCGCAAGAUCUGUAGCUGAGAUGCUAAACGCGCAGCCGAUCGGCGGCAAGAAGGGUACUCGCUGGCGAGAUGAUGUAUGGACUAUGAAAUAUCUCCCAAAAUUUAAAUGGAACAUGUUGACUGAGCAAAUAGCACAUGAAGCUGCUAUUCAUACUGCUAAACUGCGCAUCGAGCUUGCGCAGUCGAAGACGGAACAACACGAUUACCUCAAGAAUGUAGAACUUGCACGAGUAUUGGACAAGCGUAAUGAGAAAAGAAAGGAAAAGGGUUUGGGGCCAGUUGAGCUUAAGCGCCCAGCUGAAAGUAGUAAAGAAGAGGAGCCUCGAAAGCGACUGAAGCACACGGAUGAUACCCAGCUUGAUAGUGUACUUGGUAGCAUAUUUUAGUUUAAGAGUUUUAUCAUAGUACUCUAACGUUAACGUUAAAUGUUCAACGUGUUCAAUUAGUGCACGGGCCAGCCGGCGGCACG